ACGAGCGCCGCAGCCUGGGCCAUGGGCGAGCACCCCAGCCCCGGCCCCGCAGUGGCCGCUUGUGCCGAGGCGGAGCGCAUCGAGGAGCUGGAGCCCGAGGCCGAGGAGCGACUGCCCGCCGCUCCAGAAGACCACUGGAAAGUCCUGUUUGAAAAGUUUGACCCUGGGAGCACCGGCUACAUCAGCACAGGAAAAUUCCGGAGCCUCCUGGAGAGCCACAGCUCUAAGCUGGACCCACACAAAAAGGAGGUGCUGCUAGCUCUCGCUGACAGCCAUGCAGAUGGACAGAUCUGCUACCAGGACUUUGCCAACCUGAUGAGCAACAAGAGAUCCAACAGCUUCCGUCAGGCCAUCCUACAGGGCAACCGCAGGCUGAGCAGCAAGGCCCUGCUGGAGGAGAAGGGGUUGAGCCUCUCACAGCGGCUCAUCCGCCAUGUGGCCUACGAGACUCUGCCUCGGGAGAUUGACCGCAAGUGGUACUAUGACAGCUACACCUGCUGCCCACCGCCGUGGUUCAUGAUCACAGUCACCCUGCUAGAGGUUGCCCUUUUCCUGUACAACGGGGUCCUCUUGGAUCAGUUUGUGCUGCAGGUGACACAUCCUCAGUACCUGAAGAACUCUCUGGUAUACCACCCUCAACUCCGUGCACAGGCUUGGCGCUAUGUGACAUACAUCUUCAUGCAUGCAGGGGUAGAACACCUAGGACUCAAUGUGGUGCUGCAGCUGCUGGUAGGCAUGCCCCUGGAGAUGGUGCAUGGAGCCACCCGAAUUGGGCUUAUCUACGUGGCUGGUGUUGUUGCAGGCUCCUUGGCUGUGUCUGUGGCUGACAUGACUGCACCUGUUGUGGGCUCUUCCGGAGGGGUGUAUGCACUCGUCUCUGCCCACCUGGCCAACAUUGUCAUGAACUGGUCAGGCAUGAAGUGCCAGUUCAAGCUGCUUCGGAUGGCUGUGGCCUUGAUCUGUAUGAGUAUGGAGUUCGGCAGGGCUGUGUGGCUCCGCUUCCACCCAUCGGCUUAUCCCCCAUGCCCCCACCCAAGCUUCGUGGCACACUUGGGUGGCGUGGCUGUGGGCAUCACCCUGGGCGUGGUAGUUCUAAGGAACUAUGAGCAGCGGCUGCAGGACCAGUCGCUGUGGUGGAUCUUUGUGACCAUGUACACCAUCUUCGUGCUGUUUGCUGUCUUCUGGAACAUCUUUGCCUACACACUACUGGACUUGAAGCUGCCGCCACCCCCCUAAGGGACUGGAGGACCGAAGCAGGGAGGGGAAGAAGCAUCCAGAGGAAAUACCUGCAUCUGUCUCUCAUCACCGGCUUGGCAAGACCGGGGGGAGCAGGACUCUCUGGGCUGGGAUAUAUGUGUUUCAGUUUAGAAGGAUGGGGGAGGAGAUGGAUGCAGCUGCUGUAAUUGAACUGAUCUGAUGCUCUGGGGUCAGGGGAAGGUCUAGGGUAGGGUGAGAGUAGCUGUCCUGUGUGCUCCCCUCUCACUGGCUGAGUGAGCAAGUAGCCUUCUUCCUGGUCCUCUACCUGGAGAGAUCUUGUGACACAGAGAAGUUCUGAGGGCACCAACAGCCAGGCAGGCCUUCCCCAGCCCAGAGGUAACUGCAGGCUAGGUCAUGCUCUCUCUGCAGCUCAAGGUCUGGUGCUCUGGUAGUAGACAUGUUGGCUUUGAUCUGGGGGAGCCCAGAGCACCCCAGGCUCAGAGCCUUUCAUGUGUGAGGUAGCAUGGCCCCUAUGGCUGGGCAGGGUGGAGAGAUGCUAUAUUCUUGCCCUGGGGGAAUCUGUGAGAGGGCCCCAUGCCUGGGGCAAUGAACUUCAUCCCAGGUUCCCCUUGGGAAAGGCCCAGGACCAGUUUUCUCUCUUCCUGCCUGUAGUUGUGAAUACUGGCCUCUUACACCAUUGCUCCUGCAUCCAUGCCCUAUGUGGACUUUGGGGUCUUUUCUUUCCUCUCUACUGCCCUGACCCCACUUUGUGCCUCUUUUGGGUGUGGAGACAGGGUUUUGGUGUUUGUGUACAUGUGCAAUGUCAGGCAAGUCUGAACCUGCAAAGGGAGGAGGUGGGGACAAUGUCUGUAAGGGAUUGCUGGAAUGGAAAUCGUCAGUACGCUGCUGCGUGCUUGUCAGUGGCCUUGAUUUUAGCAUAAUUCACUUCCCUCUUUCCCAUGUGGCCCUCCCAAAUACCUCUUAAGCAUCACUGGUCAGUGGAGAAAUUGUCCACGCAAGAGGGAAGACCAGACCCCCACCAGGACCUUUAAGAGGGAAGGCCCAACUGUGUUCUGGUUUCCUCUGGGGAAGCCUUCAUGUCUCUUCUGCCUCCUGAAGAAGAAAGUCUUUGGGAUGGAAGAAAGUCCAGGACAGUGAUACUACGACCAUCUCUCCAGGGAAGCUGUAGUAAAAGGUAUUUUGGUGAAUUUGCCCUAGAGAAGAGCUGCUGGGAGCUUGGGUGAAUGUCCAGGGUGAGAGCAGCUGUAGAUUAGUUAGAUCUAGAGAGGAGUUGGAAGUGAAAUUGAGGGAAUGGCCUUGUGCUGCCCAUAUCCCAGCAUCCUCAGCUGCCGGGUCAGAAGUUUAGCAAGGCACCCAGUGCCUCUGGCCCUCCAAGACAGUCUACUCAAGCUGGCACUAGGAACUGCUGGGAGCCCAAAGUGGAGGCUGUGAGGAAAAUGACCUUUUAUAUGAGCUUUGGGACUCUUCAGCCCCCAAGAGUCUAGGAUGAGGAACCACAGGGCUGGGAAGUGAGGGGCAGAGCACACAGGAACAAGGACAGGAGGAUGGGAACUGCUCCUGGGUCCCCUCACCAUUCCAGCAACAGUUGUUACCUGCUCCCUAUUGUCCUUGAGUCCCUCACCUCUUCCUCUCUACUGUGGCCGCCAAUCAGGGUUGGGAUUCAGAGAGCAGUGUCACUCCUCAUGCUGGUGGCUGUAGGUUUGCCUCAAAGGCUGGGGAAUCCCCCAAACAGCAGCUAUGUAGACUCGCUUGCUUUUAAAGGGGAGAGAAGUCAUGGAAACCAGGGAAGGGAAACCAAGCCUUCAAAAAAGAAAUUUCACUUUAAUGACACCAUUCAUCACUCGUUUUUUAAUUAGGAAAAGCUCCCUAAUGGGGCUCUUUCGACUCUCAGUUUCCAUGUGAACCAUUCUUGCCUACAGCAUUAGUGGAGGCAUUGCUCACCGGACCCAGAUCGUCCUCUAGUGUCCAAUUCAGUUUGCAGAUAAUGAGGAUUGCCCAAUGCUGUGUGCUUCCCAGUGCUGGCUGCAAAGUGGUGACUCUCCUUUGCCUUAAAAACAGUGCCCGACAGUGAGCUGCCCCUCCAAGGACUAAGUAAGGGAAAAAGAAAACACUAGCCGCAACGUUGGUUUCUAAAUAUUUUUGUAUUGUGUACAUUCUGUAUAUUUUUGUUGUAACAUAUUAUUUGAGCACAGAUUCCAUUAAAGAUUUUUUUAAAGCUA